AUGGAACAAGACGAGCAAAGUCUAACAUAUAUAGCCUUUCCAAAUGAUGUUCGAAAGGCAUUUGACGAAUUCAUUCACGCCGACUCGUACAACAAUCGAGAACGCAUUGAAUACUCGAAAUGGGUUCGAUUACACAUACAUCUUGAUCAAUCCAACCUAGUACCAGAAACCCAGACAGAUUCACGAUUGCGGCAUCGGGCCUACAGCGAAUUUGAGCUUAUUAACAAGAAGCUCUAUCGUCAACCUGAUAAACGCUUUACAAAGUCAAGAUAUGUGGUGCCAGAGAGCGAAGCCUUUGAUAUUAUCGCCAACAAGCAUCUCCAGCUUCUUCAUACUGGCCAAGAUAAGACUUGGGAUGCAAUUAAACAACAAUUUUACGGUAUUAAGCGUGAAGAGCUCCAUUAG